AUGGCAAGGAUAAUAUCACUUAUAACAUUGCUUUUAUGCACUCUUAUUGUUUUGACUUGGCCUGACAUUACGGAGGGGACUGCUUUAACGUACAACGUUGCUGCUCAUGAGAAGGCUUGUUUUUACGCAUGGGUAGAUAAAGCUUAUGAAAAAGUUUCAUUUUACUUUGCGGUACAAUCCGGCGGAUCUUUUGACAUUGACUACACAGUGACUGAUCCAAGAGACAAACUUGUCAUCAAUGGAGAUCGAGAACGACAAGGAGAUUUUGUAUUUACCGCAAAUUUUGUCGGAGAAUAUUCAUUCUGUUUCGCCAAUGAUAUGUCAACAUUUGCUGAAAAAAUUGUUGACUUUGAGAUUACGAUUGAGAAUGAACCUCGUGCUGAACUACCACCAUCAAAAGGAGUAACUCCCGAGCAGACGAGUAAUAUGGAGGAAAGUCUAAUUAGGCUGAGUGGCAGCCUAAGUACCAUCGCCAGAAGUCAAAAAUACUUUAGAACACGAGAAAAUCGUAACUUCUCUACAGUGAAGAGUACAGAAAAUCGCAUCUUUUGGUUUGCGUUAUUGGAGAGUACGUUGAUUGUUGGGAUGGCAGCUUUGCAGGUGUUUGUAGUUAGAACUUUCUUUAGUACUACAAAACGUGGUAAUGUCUAA